AUGAAGACAAAGUUUGACUCAAUCAGCACCGGAAAAAGAGAUAGGCCCUCUCCAAACAAUAUCGAACUUGGCGAUGAGUCUGUUACAUUCAAAAGGAAUAAAAAUAAUAGCCGCCAACCCAACUUCAAAGUAGGCUUGUCAUAUAAUAGCUUGCUGGAUGAUUGUGAUGAUACAAAUGAGAUAUUUGAGGGCCGCGGUAUUCAGUUUUUCGAUCACGACGAUAAUUUCUCAAUAACGGCAGACGAUACGCAGAUAACUAGCAAAUUAUUUGAUCACGACAUGGAACCGGUACCCAAUGAAAUAGCAAGUAAACCAAAGAGAGUGGCAGUUAAAAGACUAACCAAGAAAUUUUUAAACACGUCCGUAUUGCCGGAUUCAUUCCGGGGUGUUUUCAAGUUCACAGAAUUCAACAAGAUGCAAUCCGAAGCCUUUUCUAGCAUUUAUGAAAGUAAUGAAAAUUGCAUUAUUUCUUCACCUACUGGAUCGGGUAAGACUGUAUUGUUCGAAUUAGCAAUUUUGCGUCUCAUCAAAGAAACGAAUAACGACUCUAAUAACACCAAAAUCAUAUAUAUCGCCCCAACAAAAUCUUUAUGCUAUGAGAUGUACAAAAACUGGAGCCCAUCUUUUGUCAAUCUUUCCGUGGGUAUGCUCACCAGCGAUACUUCAUUUCUAGAGACAGAAAAGGCCAAAAAAUGUAAUAUAAUAAUUACAACACCGGAAAAGUGGGAUUUGUUAACAAGAAGAUGGUCCGAUUAUAGCCGAUUAUUUGAAUUGGUUAAGCUUGUGCUAGUUGAUGAGAUUCAUACUCUAAAGGAGAAAAGAGGUGCAACUUUAGAAGUCAUUUUGACAAGGAUGAAUACAAUGUGUCAGGAUAUCCGGUUCAUUGCUUUGAGUGCAACUGUUCCGAAUAUAGAGGACGUAGCAUUAUGGCUCAGAACCAACAACGAACUUCCUGCAAAUAUUCUUUCUUUUGAUGAAUCAUAUCGACAAGUUCAGUUGACAAAAUAUGUCUACGGGUAUUCCUUCAAUUGCAAAAAUGAUUUUCAAAAAGAUGCUAUAUACAAUUCUAAACUAGGUGAGAUAAUUGAAAAGCAUGCUGAUAAUCGCCCAGUACUAAUAUUUUGUCCAACUAGGGCUUCCACCGUAUCCACUGCAAAAUUCUUAAAGCAUAAUCACCUUUCUUCGAGAAGAGGUAAUCAAAAAAGAAUUAAUACUAGCGUUUCCGAUAAAAUAUUAUACGAAUGUAUGCAACAAGGAAUUGCCUUCCAUCACGCGGGAAUUUCAUUAGAAGACCGUAGUAUUGUUGAAAAUGAAUUUUUAACAGGUUCAAUAAAUAUACUGUGUUCUACUUCAACUUUAGCAGUUGGCGUGAAUCUGCCGGCUUACUUGGUUAUUAUCAAAGGUACAAAAAGUUGGAACUCCUCUGAAGUUCAAGAAUAUUCAGAUCUCGACGUACUACAGAUGAUAGGGCGAGCCGGAAGGCCCCAAUUUGAAACUCAUGGCUGUGCAGUAAUUAUGACAGACACUAAAAUGAAACAAACUUAUGAUAACUUGAUCCAUGGUACAGAAGUGUUGGAAAGUUCGUUGCAUUUGAAUUUGAUCGAGCAUCUAGCAGCAGAAACGUCCCUAAGAACUGUAUAUUCAAUUGAAACUGCGGUAAAUUGGCUGCGAAAUACUUUCUUUUACGUUAGAUUCGGAAAGAAUCCAGCUGCGUACCAUGAAGUGAAUCGAUAUGUCAGUUUUCACUCGGUCGAAGACUCUCAAAUAAAUCAAUUUUGCCAGUACUUGCUUGACGCGUUAGUAAAAGCAAAAAUAAUUGAGCUAAGAAAUGCGAUUUACAAUCCGACGGCGUACGGAAAUGCAAUGACGCGACAUUAUAUAUCAUUCGAGUCGAUGAAACAAUUUAUUAACGCAGAAAAAUUCUCAUCCUUGCAUGGGGUGUUAAAUUUGUUGUCUAACUCUGAAGAGUUUUCUGUUAUAAGAGUAAGACACAAUGAAAAAAGAUUGUUCAAAGAGAUUAAUUUAUCCCCGCUUUUGAAGUAUCCAUUUUUGACUGAGAAAAAACAAAGCCAAAUAAUUGAUAAAAUUAAUCAAAAGGUUUCUCUUUUAAUUCAAUACGAGUUGGGCGGUUUAGAAUUUCCAUCAUACGAAGGUGCCACAAAAUUACAUCAGACUCUUGUCCAAGAUAAAUUUCUUGUCUUUCGGCAUUGCUUUAGACUGCUAAAAUGCAUGGUGGACACAUUUAUUGAAAAAAAUGACGGAAUUUCAUUGAAAAAUACUUUGUUGCUACUGCGAAGCUUAAAUGGCCAUUGUUGGGAAAAUACACCAAUGGUUCUUAGACAACUGAAAACAAUUGGCCUGGUUUCAGUGCGAAAGUUGAUACGACAUGGAAUUACAAAUUUAGAGGACAUGGGAAAUUUGACUGACACACAGAUUGAAUACUAUCUCAAUCUCAAGAUCGGAAGUGGGAUGAAAAUUAAAAGUGACAUUUCUUUACUGCCCUGCUUGAAUAUUAGAGUAAAGUUGGAACACUGUAGGAGAGACAAUGAGGAGAUUUGGUUGACAUUUAAAGUGGAAAUCAGUGCAGAAUUCAAGUCUAGUAUCUGGCAUGGUCAGCAUCUCUCAUUAGAUAUUGAAACUGAGAAAAGCUCAGGGGAAUUAGUUGACUUUAGGAGAUUACAGCUCAAUAAACUACAAUCACCAAGAGGCUUCAAAAUUUUGACAAACAUCUCAUCCAAACUAGAAAAGAUAGAAUUUUCGAUACAUUGCCAGGAGAUUGCUGGACUUGGCAAAACAGUAGUAUAUUCUACUGACCAUCUAGCGACCCAGUCCCUCACGAAGACAUCGCAUUCGAAUAAAGACCUAAACAGUUUAGAGAAAUGUCUCUUCCAAGUGACUAGUAGUGACGAAGAGGCUGAAAAAACAUGUAAUGUCCAUCGUAACGUUACUUUGGAAGAAUCGCUAUCUUCCGAUGAUAGUAUUUUGAAUUAUUUAGAUGAAACAAAACCAUCUAACGCUAUCGAACUCGCGACAGCUGUUCAUUCAAACAUACACUCUUCUUUACAUGGCAGUAAUGGGCGCCAGGUAAGACCCAACGGUAAUUAUGAAUGUUAUCAUAGCUGCAAAGAUAAGACUCAGUGCCGACACCUAUGUUGCAAAGAGGGCAUUCCUGGAAAAUACAUAAAAGAGAAAGGUUCAUCCUCAGUUAAGUCGCCUUCAAAAGUUGAUCAUGUUCGCAAACCUCUGGUUGCGAAAAAUAUCAAUGUAGUACCUCACACAGAGAUAGACUUGAGCAGUAAAUUCACAGACUGGAAGGAAAAUAGUUUUAUAGCAGGAGCCAGUCGCCCGCUCUCUUCGAAAAUUUGUGACGUACCUCCGUCGUCGAUUGAGAAAGCAAAUGAACCUGUCUUACAACCUGCCUCGAAAGAUUGCUCAGAAAUAAUCUCCAUUGACCUCAAGUCCUCCGAUGAAUAUUCCGGUAAUACGACGACAAGCCCAGUGAGUGAUCCAAAUGGUGACUUAGACUUUUUGGGCUCGGAUAUAGAGUUCGAAUGA